UUAGCACUGCAAGCAAUUGCAACAGGAGUAGCCGAGAGACACGUUAUAACUGUAAGCUUCUGAAGAACAAAUAUAAAAAGAGACAAUAUACUGUACAGCGAGAGAGAGAGAGAGAGAGAGAGAGAGAGAGAGAGAUAGGAAACAUAGCGCGCCCGAAGUUCAGCACCAAGGACAGCAGCUGACACGAACGAAAGGACAUUGGGAGUAGAGACUGGCUUCUAAACUGCAAUGGAAUUCGUCGGCUUUAAAUCCAAGGCGGCACUUUGGUUGGGGGUAUUCUUGUCUGUUCUGGUCAUUUUUUGUCAGGGACAAAUGGUGUUAGAAGACGGCGCAUCUUCUCUAGAAGAACACUAUCCACAUCGUGAAUACGUUGCCAGAGAGCUGGCGGAGGUAUUGGAAGGUCUUCUGGAGAACAAUCAAGACAACGCAAUAGCCGUGGACAAGAAGGCCAGUCAGAUUCCCAGGUGUGACGUGGGGGAGAGGUGCGCCAUGAAGCACGGACCGCGCAUCGGUAAACUGUGCGACUGUCUCCGAGGCGCCGCCUGUAACACCUUCCUGCUGAGAUGCUACUGAAGAGGACCGCAGCCGCUACGGCUGCAGCGCAGUUCACCCUAUCAGUAUCUCCAUCUCGUAUGUUCUAUGUACUGUAUGUGCUGUAAAAAACGAGCUUUCACAUAAGACGAAAAAUCUAUUUAACUCAUAUAUUGCAUUAA